AUGCUAACAUUCGAAGAAUUCUCGACGUUAUUAUGCCGAAUCGAAGCGUGUCUAAACUCUAGGCCGAUUGCGCCCUUCUCCGAUACGCUUGAGGACUACGAGUGUCUAACCUCCGGUCAUUUCUUAAUAGAAUCCGCACUUACUGUCAACCCGGAACUAUCAUUGCUCGAUCUCAACGAAAAUCGUCUUUCGAGGUGGCAACUCGUGCGACACGUUACCCAGCGAUUCUGGAAGCUAUGGAGUAACGAUUACUUAAAUACUUUACAACAAAGAGCAAAAUGGCGAAACGUCAAACCACCGAUUAAAACCGGGCAACUUGUUCUAUUGCGUAAUCCGCUGUUACCCUCCUGCAAAUGGGAGUUGGGCCGAGUGACACGCUGUCACCCCGGCUCCGACGGAUUCGCAUGGGUCGUCACCGUAAAGACGGCCACAUCCGAAUUCAAAAGACCGAUUGUCAAACUGUGCGUACUACCGGUCAAUAAUGAGGCAACGAGCAAUUAG